AUGCGCCUUUCCUCUGCUAUUAGCUUUACAGCCCUUGUGGUCAUCUCUGCUGCAGCUGGCUGCCCCUAUGCUGAGCGUGCUGCCGCUGCCGGUGCUGCAGGCUGCCCUUGCGCAAACCAUUCUGCUGUCACUGGGCCGAAAGAGAAGCCCACAUUGUCGCACCGCGGGCCAAUUGAGGGAAAGAAAGGUAUCCUCUACAUGAACCGUAUCGGACCCUCGGGAUCGCAACGCUGGGUCUCCAACGCGGACGGUCCCAAUGCGACAAAGCUCAUGGGCAAUCAGACAUGGGCUUUUGACUACCACCCCUCUUGGUCUCAGGAUGGCGACUGGAUCGUCUUCACUAGCGAGGGUCGUUCGCCUGGGCAGUCUGACUUAUAUCGAGUGCACCCUAACGGCACUGGACUCGAGGUGCUCGAGGAUACAGACAGCGUCGAAGAUGCGGGUACACUUUCGCCAGACGGUACCAAGGUCGCAUAUGUAUCGACUUUCGGCAAUUAUACGACUAAUAUCUGGAUCAAAGACCUGAGGACUGGCAAAGCACACAACCUGACCGACACUGCUUCCACCCGUAGCAGCAAUAUCUGGCCCACUGGACACUUCCGUCCCGCAUGGUCCCCCGAUGGCCAGUGGCUCGCCUUCAGCUCUGACCGCAACACUGACUGGACUGGACACAGCGAGGGUACCGGUUGGGAACACACGCAAAACUUGGGUAUCUAUGUGAUUCGUGCCGAUGGUCGCCACUUCCGCACCCUGCUCCACGAGCAGGGCUAUGCAUAUGGUACUCCUCAGUGGUCGCCAGAUGGAAGUCGCAUAAUCUACAACAACAUGACGACUGAGAAUACUUACUAUGCGCACUGUGUGGCCGAGCAACAGGAACUGGUCUCUUCGCAAAUCUGGAGCGUGGAUUUCGCGACAGGCAAGGACCGAGUCAAACACAUCUCUAGCGAUACCUUCAAGGUUGGACAGCACUAUAUCGGCGACUCCACCAACAUUGGCUAUCAGAUCAAGGCUGGAGAGCUGGAAGGUAUCCACUACACCAAGCCUGAUUCGACUCACAAGGCCUUCAACCUGACCUACCUGCGUGACCCCUCUUGGUCUCCGGAUGGGAAGAAACUUGUGUACUGGAUUCCAAAUUGGGAUCAACAGCCCGCUGAGCUGGAGCUAUUCAGCUAUGACAACGAAUGGCAGUACCGCUACGCUGAUGUCUUCCCUAUGCAUAAUACCAUCGUCAACCGCAUGGCAACAACACAAAACGUACAAGGAGGAGCGAAUGGCUCUGUUGUGCACUCAACACCGUUGUACAAGGACGUGCCCUCAUGGAACCCCGACGGCACUGAGCUGGUUGCCGGCUUCGGUGCCUGGUUCUUGACUCGUACCGAGUCCUCCGCUGCCAUUUACCGCAUGUUCGCCAACGGGACCGGCCACACCAACCUGACUGACUGGACUAACAACGCCGGAUACCCCUCCUGGUCUCCUGAUGGUUCCGCCAUCGUGUACCGCAUGUUCAACAUGAAAAGUGGUGAUCCUAUGGGCCUGCAUAUCCUUAACUUCACUACUGGCGAAACUUCGCAGCUCACUCUUGGCUGGGAUAAUACCCCCGGCUGGUCUCCUGAUGGCGAACAUAUUGUAUUCACCUGCAAUAACAACUGGACCGUAUCUUAUGGUUCCCGCUGGUACGCGGACCGCUUCGACAUCUAUACCAUCCGCCCCGAUGGCACUGAUCUGACCCAGGUGACGGAUAGUCUCUCCAACGAUGCCCACGCCGUCUGGUCCCAAGAUGGCCGUAUCAUGUGGAGCACCGGCAUGUACGGCUUCAAGGACGAGAGCCAACUCUUCGACAAGACCUUCCAGCCUUACGGUCAAAUUAUGAUAAUGGACUCUGACGGUUCCAAUAAGAAGCUGCUCACAGAUACCAUUUGGGAGGACUCGAUGCCUUUAUUUAUGCCUAACGAGUAUCUUGAGUAG